UUCCCACUGCCAAGGGCUGUUACUGUUAUUAAUGAAAUAGUAGAGGUGGGGGAUUAGGGUUUUACAGAGAAGAAAUUUGGGGAAAAUAAAGCAAAGAUGAAAUCGGUAGUGGGAAUGGUGGUUUCGAACAAGAUGCAAAAAUCAGUAGUGGUAGCAGUUGAUAGACUGUUUCACAACAAGGUUUACAAUCGCUAUAUUAAACGCACCUCCAAAUUCAUGGCUCAUGAUGAGCAUGACCGCUGCAAUAUUGGUGAUCGUGUUAGGUUAGAUCCUUCUAGGCCGUUGAGCAAGCGAAAGCACUGGGUUAUUGCUGAAAUUCUUAAGAAAGCUCGGAUUUAUGUGCCUCCAUCUGCUGAUAAUACUACUAGUUCGAUUAACACUACCGAAGCAACAACUACUUCAACCUCUUGAGUUGAAUUUGGAGAGCUGAUUACUAUAAGCGAUAUAUUUCUUGUGAAAUUUGAUAGAUAUGGAACUCUAGCAUCAGGGUAGAGAACACCGAGAAAUACAGAGAACAGCAAGCCGAAGUAUGAACAAAUCAAAAGACAGUUGUCUGCAUUCCCAAUUGAAUUUUGUUUGAAUGUAGACAUAUGAACCUUAAAGGAUCUUAAGUAUAUUUCACAAAUUCUCUAAAUUUUGAUUCCUUUUCCAAUUAAUAUUUGUGGGAUUGUUCUGUUGAAGAUCAAUAAACAGCCUUCUCAUCCCAAUAAAUGUAAUGGAUAAGGGAGGAUAGGCCAUUAACAAUUUUCAAAUUCAAAUUAAAAGAGAGAGGUGGGGUUUUUCA